CCCAGCACAUCGCAGACUCCUUCAGAAGAGGUUACAAAGCUUGAUCACUUUCACCCAACCUGACUUUAACUGUGUGACAUCCCACCUGAACACAACCUUUUGGAAUUCAGCAUGAUGGUGUCAGUGUUCCUACUUGUGCUACUUUCAAUACCUACGAUCGUGGCACAAACUACAACCAUGGCACCAACUACGACUGUGGCACCAACUACGACUGUGGCACCAACUACAACCGUGGCACCAACUACAACCACGCCAAAUUUUGUAAAAACUAUGAUCUUUACAUUACCUCCAAAGACACCACCGACUCCAACCACAACACCAACUACAACUACAACUACAACUACAACUACAAAUACAAAUACAACUACAACCACAGCACCACCACUUCCUGAGGACUGUGAUGAUGUCUUCAAAAGUGGCUCCACACACAGUGGGGUGUACACUGUCUAUCCUCGAGAGUACAACCAGGCUGUCCAGGUGUACUGUGAGAUGGACUGUAAGGAUGCUAAGCACAAAGGAGGAUGGUUGGUGCUGCAGAGGAGAAUGGAUGGCUCUGUGAACUUCUACCAACCCUGGAAACAGUACCAGACAGGCUUUGGAAAUAUUUCUGGAGAACACUGGCUGGGACUGGAUCACAUCUUUGCUAUUAGUUGGCAAAAAAGGUACAUGUUGAAGGUGGAAAUGGAAGAUUUUGAGGGAGGAAGAGUCCAUGCCUGCUACGACUCCUUCUCUAUCGAUCCUGAGUCUGAUGGAUACAGGCUGCAUGUUGGCAAAUACAGAGAUGGAGGUGCAGGUGAUGAUCUGGUAGCUUCCGACGGGAGAACAUUUUCCACGUUUGACUUUGGAGAUUAUCGUUAUAAUGCUGAAAGAUAUAAUGGAGGAUUCUGGUUCACCUACCAUGUUUACGCAAACCCCAAUGGCUUGUACAAAUGGGGACGUCACUCAUACCGAGAUACAGGUGUCAUAUGGCGCUUUUGGAAAGGGUCCUCUUACUCUUUGAAAAGCAUCUCCAUGAAGAUCAAACCUCUGUCUCUGGAAGACCUACACUCCUCCAACCCCAUCAAUCUUCAUAACUAAUCUCAAUGGGUCCAACUAUGGCUUUGUCAUUAAGAUAAAUGCAUGGGAGUCCUUACUGUGGUAAUUUCAGGAUAUCAAAUGAAGAAGAUUAACAUGAUUUGAUGAUUUAAUUUCUCUCCUUUUUAUAAUUACACUCACCAAGGCCACUCUUGCCUUGACUUCUGUGUUUGUAAUCACCUGAUCACCUGCUACCAAAUAAACA